AUGUCUUCGAUAAUGCGAAUUACUCUCGAAGAAGAAUUGAAGAAAAAUCCAGAGCUAAAGUUAUCAGACAUACAGAUUCUGAGAGAAUGGUGCGAAAAACAACCACAUCUGCCGAAAAUCCAGGACGUGGAGCUCGCCAUAUUUCUACACAGCAGUUAUUAUCAUAUAGAGUCGACGAAGAAAAGGAUCGAGAAUUAUUACACUUAUAGAUCUCACGCGCCGGAAUUAUUUUCCAACAGAGACAUACGAAAUGUGAAACAACUGCGAGAUGCUUUCAAAGUCACGGCCUAUUUUAAGUUGGAAGGAAAGACAAAGGAAGAAUAUUGCAUAUUUUUUUCACGGAUGGUCGAUAUGGAUCCUUCGCAUUUCUUCCUAAGUGAUUCAUUGAAAGCCUGUCUUAUGUCAAUCGACGAAUUGUUUUGGACUCGUGAAUCGUUGGCAGAAUAUAUCAUGGUUAUCGAUGUCACGGGAUACACAACUGGACAUGUGGGACGUACGAACUUAGUAACCUUAAAGAAAAUGAUAUACUAUUGCCAAGAUGCCUUACCAGUACGCCUGAAGGGAGUACAUAUAAUAAAUUCGUCGCCAAUUUUCGAAAUGAUAUUUAAUAUGGCGAAACAUUUCAUAAAUGAAGAAAUGAUAAAUUUGGUAUAUGUUCAUUCGUCGUUGGAAAACGUGAACAAAUACAUUCCAAUAAAAAUAUUGCCCAACGAAUGUGGUGGGAAAGCAGGUCCGAUACAGGAAUUAUGGAAAACGCAGUUGCAGAAGAUCGAGAACUUUCACGAAUGGUUUCUGGAAGACGAAAAGAAUCAUCGCGUGAACGAGUCACUACGGAUCGGUAAUAGUAAGACAUCUAGUGAUUUGUUCGGCGUGGAAGGUAGUUUUAGACAAGUAGAAAUCGAUUAAGUCAAUUUUGAGAUAUAUAAGUAUCAUAUAGUGCUAAGUUAAUGACAAGGAAAGAA